AUGGAUGCAAAUGUACCGGCGGCGUUUCUCGCAAGUUUGGUGGGUAACACAGUCCAUGUGAAGAGUAAAUGGGGCCCCGUAUAUGUUGGUACACUUGUCAGUUGUGAUCCGUACAUGAAUUUGCAACUGCGUGAUGCAGUGGAAAAGGCAAAACAGGAGACGGAACUUGGAGACAUGCUGCUGCGUAACAAUAAUGUGUUGUACAUUCGGGAAGUACCAAAGGAAUAG